AUGCAUAUCGUCGGUGAGAGCAGCAGGGCAGGCCUGCAGAACAACCUCAAGCGAAGCUCGCACCGCGGCGCAGACGCGAUACAGAAACGAUCUCCCUCGCCAGCACCAGCACCAGCCGUCGUCGCGCCCGCAUCUGCCCCCACGCCACCACCAACAAGGCGCCGUCAGCAUGAACCGGAGCACAUCCAAGUCCGCGCAGAGGACUUUGACAAGCGCGCGCUACAGCAUCAGGCUGACGCAGCCAAAAGAGAGCAGAUUCUCGGACCAUACUGGGCGCGUGAUAUGGACGAGGUCAUGGACAUCAAGCGAGACCUCUUGAGGACAAAAUCGGAUCCAUCAAAUGACCAAGAGCAGAUCAGGCUUCAACGCCGUCAAACUGCAGCACAAGAGAGGUGCUACGUCGGCAACGACGAACUCAGUUGCUUUCCUACAGCAAAUACUACCAUCGUCCAAAACUCCUGGAGCAGAUUCAUCUGGAAUGCCAAUUACCCGCUCUUUGCUCAGCGUGGAUACGUAGACGUCUACCUCUUUCAGGAAGAUACGGAUCGCAUGGUCACAUCAUGGAUGUCGCAGGACAACGGUCAAAACAGACUUUCCUUCGAGCCAACAGAUUUGUGGUGGGCCAACCGUGUAGCUGCCGACAAUAUUCAACCAGAUCAAAACAUCUCUUGGCCCUUCUACUUUGUCGUACUCCCGGAAGGCCAAGCACUCACCGGCACAACAUCGCGCUUGUCCACGUUCACAGCGCUGCAAACCACCCUACCCUUUACCAUCGCUGAAGCGAGAGCCUCGUCCAGUUCCGCUGCCGCAGCAGCUUCGGCGAGUGCUGCCUCAGCAUCCGCACAAAGCGCGUCUCAAGGAGCGAGCACUAUCACAAAUACUUUGACGGGUAGUGCAGCCGCAGCUGCGUCCGUGUCUGCCAUUCAGUCCAGCCUCAGCGCCGCGUUGGAAUCCUCGUUGCGCGCUUCCGGUCUCAGCGGCACAGAGACACUCCAGGGCACCACCACAGCGACACUGCCCAACGGAUCCGUCAUCACCGCUACGGCCACCGCCCAGGCCAAUGGCGGGCGUCUCGGAGCCGGCUCCAACGGCAACUCGAAUGGCCUCGCGCUUCCCACCUAUGCGAUCGUGCUCAUCUCCGUGCUUGGCUUCCUUGCCAUCCUUGCGGCCAUGGCGGCUGCCUACUUCAUUAUGGCUGCUCUCCGACGCAAACGUCAGCGUCAAUACGGCAACGGCAGCUAUCGAAGCUCGUCACCCAUGAUGGCGGCGGCGGCUGGCUCCAUGGCAGGUCAGGGCACCACCGACCACGGUUACGCUGGCGAGACGACGCAGAUGCUCGAGACCGAAGAUGGUGGAGCAGCUAGCCUGGGACCUCCAGCUGCAAUCGGUGGAGCGGCCAUGAUGGCUGGUCACUCGGCAGCCAGCCGACAGUCGGAUGAGCAGCCUUUCACCUCGGAUGAAGCCUCGCGUAUGGCCGAUGCUUUCCGCAACGCUCUGCGCAGACCCGAGUUCGCCGGAGGCAUGACCGGUGACUCGUCUGGUGCCGAAGGAGAAUCUCCCAACGAGAUGCCUGGCGGCUCUCGGGCGUCGGCACUGCUGCGCGAAGAGCUCGCGUCUGAAGGCAAGGACCUGCGCAGCGUGGGCGACCGCAAGAAGCCGACCUUGCACGACGAGUAG